AUGUCAGAAGUGGACACAAAAAAGACGAGAUUGAACAUCUCAUACCCAGCAAACGGCACCAACAAGCUCAUCGAUAUCGAUGACGAGCGCAAGGUUCGUGUCUUCAUGGACAAGCGCAUGGGCCAGGAAGUCCCCGGAGACUCUGUCGGUGAUGAGUUCAAGGGCUACGUCUUCAAGAUUACCGGUGGAAACGACAAGCAAGGUUUCCCCAUGAAGCAAGGUGUCCUUCACCCUACCCGUGUUCGUCUCUUGCUCUCCAAGGGACACUCAUGCUACCGUCCUCGUCGUACGGGUGAGCGUAAGCGAAAGUCUGUGCGUGGUUGUAUCACAGGCAAUGACCUCUCAGUCCUUGCCUUGGCUGUUGUCAAGCAAGGUGACGCCGAUAUCCCAGGCCUCACCGACGUUUCUCAACCCAAGCGUCUCGGUCCUAAGCGUGCCACCAAGAUCCGUGCCUUCUUCAACUUGUCGAAGGAGGAUGAUGUGCGCAAGUUUGUGAUCAGGCGUGAGAUUACAAAGGAGGGCAAGAAGACAUACACCAAGGCGCCCAAGAUUCAGCGUCUUGUGACACCUCAACGUCUUCAGCACAAGCGUCACCGAAUGGCCAUCAAGCGUCGGCAGGCGGAAGAGCAGAAGGAGAAGGCAGCUGAGUACGCUGCCCUCUUGGCCAAGCGUGUCGGUGAGGAGAAGACUCGUGUUCUUGAGCGCAAGCGUCGUACGACUGAGGCCAAGGCUUAG